ACGCGUGUACCGCCGCCGGCGCCCUCAGUGCCCUACACUCGCGCGGACGACGAGGAAGCGGCAGUCGCGCAGAGGCCGCCGUCGAGCACAAGACCCCCGAGAAGCACAACACGCGCCGUGCUGGACUGUUGGCGUUGUCAGGCCCUUCUUGUAGGCGUCAGUGAGGCGACGGGUUGGCUGGUCUGGGCAGGCCGCGUCCGAACCCUCGAACCUCCCGUUUGCCGAGUCCGCUGGGGUACAUAGCUGACGGUGCCGGAGUGCAGACAGCGGUCUUCUCGGUCGCGGGGAUAGAAAAUGCGACACGGGUCGCCGUGGCGUGCGCAUCGUGGAACGCGUCCAGAGAGCGGCCACUGCGGGCACUGCCCCAACCCCGGGGCGAGGCGGUCUUCGGCGUGCCAAUCCUAGCCAGGGUGACGUCACUUCAACAUGACCGCCGCCACCGCGCUCGUCCUGGGCGUCUUCGCCGCGGUAGUGCUGCAAGUGGUGGGACAGACGCUGCCCGCCAACAUGCCGCAGAUGUUCAUCCCCGCCGGGCAGCAGACGGUGCAGCAGACGACCGGCCAGGGCGGCACGCUGCUCCCGGUGCAGUCGCCCAACUUCCUGACGCAGCUCGGCUUCUCGCCGCAGUCGUCCUUCGCCACGGGGUUGUGUACCUUCGGCUGCAUCCCCAUUCCCGUCGUGCCGACCGUUGUGCCGACCGUUGUCCCCACCGUUGCACCCAUCAGCACGUCCUCCACCACCACCACCACCACCACGACCACCACCACCACCACCACCACCACACCCCGGCCCAAUGUCACCCAGUCGUGCAUCAUCUGCGGGGUCAUCUUCCCCGGCGUGCUGGUGGUGAACAACGCCAGCAGCACGCUGCUGCCCGUCACCGCCACCACGCCGGCCGUCGUCACCACCACGGCCGCCGCCACCACCACGACGACCACGGCCAGGCCCGUGACAGUGGUGGUGCAGAUCCAGCAGCAGGCGCCCAGCAUCUCCUACGUCAACGGCUACCAGCUGCUGCGGCUUAAGCUCGCCCAGAAGGCCUACACCGUCGGCAACGUGCUGGCCGGGUAGUCCCUGGCAGUCCCCGAGACACUGCGGCGCUGUCGCUACCCCUCGACCGAUGUGCGCCCAGAGAGAGUCUCUCCUGCGUGGAGUACCGAUGGAUCGAUUCAUUAUUUUAUUUGUCUGUGGAUCUUACAAAUGACCAGUCUUGUCAUUAUCAUUGCAAAUAAAAAGAAUUGUGUGAUUGUGCGAACGUGUGUGAAUGGGAGAGAGAGAAAAAACACACGCCUGUGUGCCUAGAGCCUGUUUAGUUUUUCUACUCCUAUUUAUAAAUGUAAAGUGUGUCUUCAUAAGUUAUUUUUUCAUCUGAGGAAUAAAACACGUGAAAUCCUUA